UAAUCAUUCUCUCUCUGCGUGUCUGUGGUUUCGUUGCUUUAUUUAUCUGGGGACAGAUCUUCUUCUCCUCUUACUUCGCAAUCUCCCAUCGCCCACACAAAUUCUCUCUCUCUCUCUCUCAGACUCUGAUCAGUCUCCUCGCUCUGUUUGUGUAAACACAGAUUCCGAAUAGAUUUGCAAACUUGCAUGGAUGGAUCCUUCAAACGCCCAACAACAGCAGGCCAUGUCUAGCCAGUCACUAGAAGAUGUGUUGGCUUGUCCAAAACCACAGCAAGAGCGAAGAAUUAGGCCACAACCAGAACACGCUCUCAACUGCCCUAGAUGCGAUUCCACCAACACCAAAUUCUGUUACUACAACAACUAUAGUCUUUCACAGCCAAGGUACUUCUGCAAGGCAUGUAGAAGGUAUUGGACCAAAGGAGGAACUCUAAGAAAUGUUCCAGUUGGGGGAGGUUGCAGGAAGAACAAACGAUCCUCCUCCUCCUCAUCAUCAUCAGCAAAACGGACACAAGACCAAUCCCUUACUACAACAAAUUCUAACCCACUCUCUACCCUCCCAUCCUUAGCUUAUGAUUCCAAUGACCUCACUCUUGCCUUUUCUAGGCUUCACAAACAACCAACUCGGCAGUUAGGUUUUGAUGACCAUGAGAAUUCUAUUCUGGGAAACCCUAAUUCCACCCACUGUGACAUCCUUGGAAACCCUGAUACCACAACCACUUCAACUCCUGGUUUUAUUGAUGCACUUAGAAGUGGGUUUCUUGAUACUUCCUCAAAUGGGUUUCAUAAUUUCUAUUAUGGGUUGGGGAAUGGAAACCAGCUUGGAGACUUAGAAGGUAGUGGUGGUGGUGGUAGUGCCGCCAGCUGCGGCGGCUCCGGUGGUAACGUCGGAGGUGGUGAGAUGGUGUUCCCUUAUGAGGAAAUUGGUGGUGCAACGAUCAAACAAGAGUUCUGCAAAGGCAAAGAUGGAGAGAAUAGAAUCUUGUAUGGGUUUCCAUGGCAAGUUGGUGGAGAUGGAAAUAUGGGUGGUCUGACUCUGGAUUCAGCUGGUGGGAGAGAGAGCUGGAAUGGACUUGGUUCUUCUUGGCAUGGACUUGUUAAUAGCCCUUUGAUGUAGUAAAUCAUCUUCAAUGGUUUGAUGGUUUGUAAAAGCCCAUUCAAACAU